AUGGCAUCCUUCACCAAUCACUCCUGCUUGCACAAUGUGCAGCACAGCUUCAUUGACGAUAUUGUCAUCGUGCGGGCGACAAAGGACAUUCCCGCUGGCACAGAAAUCCUCAUUCGGUAUCGCGAGCGUGCCACUGAUUUCCCCAAGGCCGCUCAGGCCUCAGAGCGUUUUGAGUCAUCCCACCCACUAUUUAGUCAUUCUAGAUAG